GUCGAUGCUUCGCCUGUUCUUCUUCUUUCUCUCCUUUUUAUAUACCGUGUCGUUGAGAACUUGUACAUUAGCGGUGCGGGUGACCUGGGCCUCCUCUGUCCUCGAUUCCAUUAUCUUCUUUCUCCCUUCCUGUUCCGUCGAGUCGCGUGGGUGCGGGCGUUGGUUGACAUGUCGUCGCCGAGGGGACCGAAGGCCUGUGGCGGAGGAGCUGCAGACCGGCAGAUCCAUGUCCUCGCUGUGGACGAUAGCUCGGUCGACCGGGCGGUGAUCGCAAGGCUUCUUCGGAGCUCCAAGUACAGAGUCACGACUGUAGAUAGCGGAAAGAAAGCACUGGAGCUUCUGGGACUGCAGGAACCAAAUGUAAACAUGAUUAUUACGGACUACUGGAUGCCGGAGAUGACAGGGUAUGAACUUCUCAAGAUAGUCAAGGAAUCAUCCGAGCUGCGAGAAAUCCCCGUGGUUAUAAUGUCUUCGGAGAACGUUCCCAAUAGAAUCAAUAGGUGUUUGGAGGAAGGAGCGGAGGAUUUCUUGCUCAAGCCCGUCCGCCCAUCCGAUGUGGCUCGGCUGUGCAAUCGGAUGCGAUAGCAGCCGACAAUGGAAGCGGUGAAGGAGAAGAAAUGGACCCUCGAAACUCCUCUUGAUCAAUUUUUUUGUUGUUUUGACGAAUGUAUACCAUGUUCUGCAAUUCUUUUUUGACUUGGUUUUUUGGACAUUGGAAUGUGAAAACAGAAGCUAGAUAGUUGAAGAUUAGGGAGAAAAGAGGGGGGGAAAAUAGAGAGAGAUCCUCAUCCAGUGUCUCUCAACUUCUCAUAUUUUGGCCCAUUCAGAUGUAGUUGAAUUUAAUUGUAGU